AUGUCAUCUAACGCGAACGCCACCGAGACUGCAGCCAGUACCAAAAUGGCACUCGACUCCAGAGCUGGAACAGAAACCGAUGCCUCCAAAUCUCUUAAUACUUGUGAUGAGACUAAAUUGACGAAAUGCUACAAUAAGAAUGACGAGGAAAUUUCUGCGAGUCUACAUUUCGUAAACAGCAAUGGGGAGACAAAGGAUUACACUAAUCUCCCAAAACAAGUCUGGAAAGCUCCACCCAAAGGUAAGGCUUACAGUGGGCACUCUUUUUCAGGUACUUCGCGAGUGCCGGAAGGUCUUGUGGAUACCUACCAUGACGAAAACGGAAGAGGGUGGAUGUAUUUCAGAGAAAAAUGA